CUGUUUGCCAAUAUUGACAACGAACAUUACUGCUGGUUACCAUUUUCGAACCUCGAUAUUCCGUUCCAAGCUGUGGUAAAAAAAAUUGAAGAGCGACAAGAGAGAGGGGACGAGAUAAGUCUGACAAUGAAAUAAAAAUGUGCAUCGUAUCAUUGUUGUAGUUAAGAAGUUAAUCUUAAGAAAAUGGUCAUGAGUAUUUCGAUCAGUGAGGAUUAUCGUGUUGAGAAGGUUCGUUAGAAUUCAACAAUAUACUCAUAAACAAAUUCAAACCGGUGAAUUAAAGAAAGGAAAAAAGGUACAAUGGGUACAUCAAUUAAUGAUAAAAAACCAGCCAUGUCUACAACACAUUGGUUAUCAUCCAAAAGUAUGGAACGAGUAUUACAUGAACGUGAUCGUGUUGGUCUUCAAGAUUUUAUUCUUCUCGAGGACUUUCAAAGUGAAUCUGCAUUUAUUGAUAAUCUUCGCAAAAGAUUUAAGGAAGAUCUUAUCUAUACGUACAUCGGACAAGUAUUGAUUUCUGUCAAUCCUUAUAAAAAUCUUCCUAUUUACAAUAUCGACAGUAUACAAUUCUAUCAUAAAAGACAUUUUUUUGAAGCCCCACCGCAUAUUUUUGCAUUAGCUGAUACUGCUUAUCAAUCUCUCAUUCAAGAGAAUUAUGACCAAUGCAUCCUUAUUUCGGGUGAAUCUGGCUCUGGGAAAACAGAAGCAUCGAAAAAAAUAUUAGAAUUUAUAGCAGCUUCAACUAGACAUAAAAAGGAAGUUGAAGAAGUAAAUAGAAAAUUAAUCGGUAGUAAUCCAGUACUUGAAGCAUUUGGUAAUGCAAAAACCAAUCGUAACGAUAAUUCGUCACGUUUUGGUAAAUAUAUGGAUAUGCAGUUUAACAGUCGUGGAGACCCAAUUGGUGGUAAUAUUUUAAAUUAUUUAUUGGAGAAAUCACGUGUGGUACAUCAAUUUCCAGGUGAACGUAAUUUUCAUAUAUUUUAUCAACUUUUGGCUGGAGCUGAUGAAGAAACUCUUAACAAACUUUUUCUCAAACGUGAUUUGAAUACUUACGUUUAUUUAAGUAAUGGGGCAGAGGGUGGUUCGGUAGAUACUAUCAAUGAUACCAAUCAAUAUCAUGAGGUAGUAAAUGCUUUACAAACUAUUGAAAUGACGGAUGAAGAACAAAAUUGCUUAUUUUCCAUAGUUGCAUCUGUCUUGCAUCUGGGAAAUAUUGGUUUUACAGAAGAAAAUGAAAUUGCUAAAAUAGUACCCUUUAGUCCUGUCAGUUCAAUUUGUACUUUGUUAGGUUGUAGUACAAAAGAAUUGACCAAGGCUUUAACUCAUCGUACUAUAGAUGCACAAGGUGAUGUUGUAACCUCUCCAUUAAAUAGAGAAUUAGCAAUAUAUGCUCGUGAUGCAUUAGCAAAAGCUAUAUAUGAUAGAUUAUUUACAUGGCUUGUCAAUAGAUUAAAUAAGUCAUUACAACGACCUAUGGGUCAUAAAAAAUAUGUGGUCAUGGGAAUACUUGAUAUUUAUGGAUUCGAAAUUUUUCAAAAAAACAGCUUUGAGCAAUUUUGCAUUAAUUUUUGCAAUGAAAAACUACAACAAUUAUUUAUCCAACUAACUUUAAAAUCGGAGCAAGAAGAAUAUUCGAGAGAAGGUAUUGAGUGGGAACAUAUUCAAUAUUUUAAUAACAAAGUUAUAUGUGAUUUAAUAGAAGAAACACAUAAAGGAAUCAUAGCUUUCAUGGAUGAAGAAUGUUUACGCCCUGGCGAUCCAACAGAUAUAAGUUUUCUUGAGAAAUUGAACAAAAAUUUACAUAAUCAUACACAUUAUAUUAGUCAUAUAAAAGCAGACCUUAAGACACAGAAGAUAAUGGGUCGAGAUGAAUUUCGUUUAAUACAUUAUGCUGGAGAAGUUACAUAUAAUGUACGUGGAUUUCUUGAAAAAAAUAAUGAUUUAUUAUUUAGAAAUUUACGGGAAGUAAUGUCUCGUACAAAAAAUAUAAUUACAAAGACUACAUUUAAUCUGAAAGAUUUAACUAGUAGAAAGCGCCCAGAAACUGCUAUAACUCAAUUUAAGAAUAGUUUAAAUAAUCUUAUGGAAAUAUUAACAGGGAAAGAGCCUUCUUACAUCAGAUGCAUUAAGCCUAAUGAUUUCAAAAUGUCUAGUCGUUUCGAUGAUAAGAUUGUAUUACAUCAAGUCAAAUAUCUCGGUUUAAUGGAAAAUUUACGAGUAAGACGUGCUGGUUUUGCUUAUAGAAAAUUAUAUGCACAAUUUUUGAAUCGUUAUAAGUCUCUUUGCCCAGAGACUUGGCCGCAUUACAAAGGUUCAGCUAAAGAUGGAGUACAAACGCUCAUCUGUUAUCUUGGAUAUGAAUCUAAUGAAUAUAGAAUGGGCAAUACAAAGUUGUUUAUAAGAUUCCCCAAGACAUUAUUUGAAACAGAAGAUGCAUUUCAAUUAAAAAAGCAUGAUAUUGCUGCAAUCAUUCAAAGAAAAUGGAAGUGUAUACUUACACGACGACAAUAUUUAAAAACAAGAGAAGCUGUAAUAGUAUUACAGAAAUAUAUUCGUAGAUGGCUUGCAAAACGUGAAGCAAAAAGAAGACGUCAAGCUAUAAAGACUAUAUGCAGAUUUGUUAAAGGAUAUCUUACAAGAACUGGUCCACCAACUGCAGAAAAUAUGAUUUUUAUAGAAUUAGCAAAAUCACAAUGGCUUAUUAACCUUUCCCAGAACCUUCCUAGCGGUGUUCUAAAUAAUCAAUGGCCUCCAUGUCCUUAUUCUUGCAAACAAGCUUCAGAACAUUUAAGAUUAAUACAUAAAAGAUGGAAGGCACGAAACUAUAGAUUAGCCUUAACAGCUAAAGAAAAAACACAAUUUGAAUUAAAGAUUCUGGCUGAAACUUUAUUCAAGGAUAAAAAAAAGUCAUAUGAGAAAAGUUUAGGUCCAAGAUUUAGAAAUAGCAGGCUUGACGAUGAGCAGAAAACAUUAAUAAAGAACCUUGUUAAUUCGAUCAUUUCAAUUAAUGAAAGAAUAGAGUAUGCAGCCCCAGUAACCAAAUAUGAUCGACAUGGUUACAAAACUCGAGAUAGAAUUCUGCUGUUAACUAAACAAGCAGUAUAUAUAUUAGAAAUGAAAAAAACAUUAAAACUAAAGCAUCGGUUACCUUAUGAUCAUAUAGAUGAAGUCGUUGUUACCGGAGAAUCGGAUAAUCUCUUAAUUUUGCGAAUAUCCCCUGAUCUUAAGAAAGACAAGGGUGAUUUAAUAUUAGAAGUACCAUAUAUAAUAGAGGCAGUUACAAAAUUAAUUUAUAUUACAAACAAGCAAAAGAUUUUAAAAAUAAUUAAUACAGAUACAACUUUCCAUAAGUUAAUAAAUGGUAAGGAAGGCAUUAUUGAAUUCAAGAUGGGAAAUGAGUCAGCGAUAAGUAAAAAUCGACAAAGUGGCCAUCUCCUGGUGGUAAAUCAUAUUUUAUAUAUAUAUAUAUCUAUAUGUAUGUGAAAAAAGUAUAAUGAAUUAUUUAUAUAA